AUGGAACAGUUUAAUGUGUCAACACUGCAGGAAUUCAUUCUGCUUGGCUUCAGAGUUGGACAACAAGGACGUCUGCUGCUUCUCAUCUCAUUCAUAGUGAUCUACAUCUUCACUUUGGUUGAAAAUCUGGUCAUCAUCUUGGUAGUAUCUGAAGAUGCUCAGUUGUCUCGUCUUCCCAUGUACAUUUUGUUGAGCAACUUUUCCUGGCUGGAGGUCUGUUAUGUAAGUGCUACUGUGCCAAGGAUGCUCUUUGACCUGUCCUUCCCAGGUGGGGUCAUCUCUUUCCAUGCCUGCUUCAUCCAAUUUUAUGUCUUCUUCUCCCUUGGUACCACGGAAUGCCUCUUCCUCUCAGCCAUGGCCUUGGAUCGGUACUUGGCCAUCUGCUGUCCACUACGGUACACACAAAUUAUGUCUAAAAAGUUCUGUUUCCUCCUGGUGGCUUUUUGUUGGAUUACUGGCUUUCUCUGCUACAUUGCCCCUGCAUCCUUGAUCUCCAGGUUGUCCUUUUGUGGUCCCAACUUUAUUGAUCACUAUAUUUGUGACUCUGGAGGACUUCUAGCCCUAGCUUGUCAUCCCCCAGAAUCUCUCUCUCUUUUCUGCUAUGUCAUAACUUCUGCCUUAAUUCUGGGCACUUUCCUUUUCAUUAUGAUCUCCUAUGUGGGAAUUAUUUUCACCCUGGCAAAAAAGUCUGGUGAAAACACUGGAAAAAAGGGCUUCCAAACGGUGUCUUCUCACCUAGCAGUGGUGACCAUUUUUUACGGUUCUGUGGCCACAAUGUACAUUGGGCACACUGAGAAAAAUCGUACUGAGAAUAUUAAAGUGAUGACAUUGUUCUACUCGGCUGUUGCCCCUUUGCUUAACCCCUUGAUCUAUUGUCUCAGGAAUAAUCAGGUGAAAGGUGCAUUGUCUAGGGUUUUGAGAAAGAAGGGAGUUAUAUAG